CCAAUGUUUUUUAUUUUUAAUUACAGCUUUGUAAGCCAACCUUUUGCAUUUGUUUAGCUUUGUCACAGCUGCACAAGAUGCCACUCUUCAAGAAAUUCAGCAAUCAACUCAAAGAUGAAAGCACCAUGGGACCUAGAGGCUGCACAGCUGGAUACUUAGGAACAAUCAAAUCUGAUCUUAACUUCAAUCCCCAAAAUGAUGCCGCAAGAUUGAAGAAAGCCAUAGAGACCAAAGGUGUGGAUGAAGCCACCAUUGUGGAUGUGCUAGCAAAGAGGACCAAUGCACAGAGGCAGCAGAUCAAAACAGCUUAUCAGCAGAGCACUGGAAAAUCUCUGGCAGAUGAUUUGAAAAAAGCUCUGAAGUCUGAUUUCGAAGAGGUGGUUCUGGCCCUGCUCAUGACACCAACUGAGUUUGAUGCUUUCGAAAUGAAAAAAGCAAUGAAGGGUAUGGGGACAAAUGAAGCUGCCUUAAUUGAAAUUCUGGGAACCAGAUCAAAUAAGGAGAUUACAGGACUGAAGAAUAGUUUCAGAGAAAUGUAUGGAGAGUUGCUGGAGGACAACAUUAAAUCUGAGGUUAAAGGAGAACUCGAAAAUGUUCUGGUUACCCUUUGCAAGGCUACAAGAAGUGAAGAUCCCAACAUCGAUGAUUCUCAGGCAAAAAGUGAUGCUAAGGCGCUGUUUCAAGCAGGAAAGAAUCGGAUUGGCACUGUGUGCUCCGUCCUGAUUGAAAUUCUCACAACCCGAAGCGAAUCUCAGUUGUGCCAAAUUUUCAAGAAUUACAACCAACUCAGUGAAACUGGUUUGGCUCACGACCUGCAGGAUGAGCUUCACGGAAGUCUUGAGGACUGUCUCGUCACUCUCGUAAUGGCUGCUUGGAACAAACCAUACUGCUUUGCGGAAAAGCUCCACUUUGCUAUGAAGGGACUAGGAACUAACACUGACACACUGACUCGAAUCAUUGUGAGUCGUUCCGAAAUUGAUCUACUAAAAAUCAUUGAAGAGUACAAGAAGCAUUACGGCAAAACCCUUCAGGAACAGAUUCAGAGCGAAACAAAUGGAGAUUUGGAGAAGAUUCUGGUGGCACUCUGUGGCACUCAAUAAACAUCUAUAACUCUAACUAUCUUUUCAUCACCUGAUCGCAAUUGUGCAAGAAUCGCAUCACUGUGGUUUAUUAAAGUAAACAAUUCUUGUGAGUGCGUAUUGCUUUCUUUGCCUAAUAAAUUAAUUUGACCAA